AACUGUCAAAAUUUGAAAGAGAAGAAGAAACGUAGGAACAAACAAAGUAACGCAUUAAUUUUAGUAGGAUCAUUCACAGUACAGGCUGCCCGCAGUCGUGUAAAGGUCAGUAAUCUGGAAAUCUCGUCUUAUCAAGGUCGAGGCGUGCGGGUAAUCGAGAAAUUUGCUGUCAUGGCUGAGGUGCAGAUUCGUCUUUAUCAGGAGGAAGAUCAUGAAGAAGUAAAGGAGGUUUUUACUCUCGGGAUGAGCGAGCACAUCCCAUCGUCCUGCAUGCACGUUCUCAAACAGCCCCUAGCGCAGAUGUUUCUGGGAUGUGUGUUUUGCGCUUUACUGACCAGCUCAAUGUCCAUUCUGUUACCUGUGUUAGCGGUCACGCUGCUUUUGGCUGCAGGCAGGCAGAGUGUGAGUUAUAUGUUCACUAAGUACAUCCAGACCUGCCUUGAGCAAGAUCUCAGACACAUUCAGCAGACCUACAUGGAUCCACCUAACGCCUGCUUCUGGGUGGCUGAGAGCCAGGGCCGUGUCGUGGGUACAGUAGCAUGUCUGCCUGCCGAGAAAGACCAGAACUUCCUGGAACUGAAGCGGAUGUCAGUUAAGAAGACUCACCGUGGACAAGGCAUCGCCAAAGCGCUCUGCCGCACAGUCGCUGACUUCGCUCGUGAGCGUGGUUUUCGAGGAGUACUGCUUCACACGUCGGUGGUCCAGACAGAUGCACAGAAGCUUUAUGAGCACAUGGGCUACCAGAAGAUCAGCGAAUUUAGUGCUCCGGAUGCAAUUGCCAAGCUGACUAACUUCAGACUGAUGGAGUACCAGCUCAUCCUCAAACAGCAUUGCAACUGAGAUUGAGAUGUCCAUCUAAUGAAGCACACCACUAUCAUCAUUUGUCUGUUUCUUCUUCAAAUCAUCAACCUUUAUAAAAAGGGGAACUUUUCUUUUAUAAGAAAUUGUUCAUUAAAAAAAAAAAAGAAAAAAAAGGCUGAUUUGGGAUUGUUCAUCCAUAACAGAAAAUUCAGUAAUCAUUUACUUACCAUUUGCAUGUCAUUCCAAACCUGUAUCUCUUUUGUUUAUCUUAUAACCCUCUUUGAUUUCAUGAAAGAUUUCAUUAUUUGGUUUUGGAGAUUGACCAAAGUUGUAUGGAUUUGGAAAUACAUGAUGGUGAGUAAAUGAUGACAGAAUAUACAUUUCUGGGUAAAUGAUCCAUUUAAAAACCUCGAAUAAAAGGUCCAGAUCUUGUCCUGUCAGAAUUUUCAUCUCACCACUUAAACCAGAAGCAUUUCUGUAGUCUGUAGCCCUUGAGAUUAUGUUGGUUCAGAACAUUUCUAUUUAUUUAUUAAUAGCCUGUCCAUUUCUAUGUCUCUGAAAAACAGUUGAUUCCUGUAAGUAUUUGCAUUUUGUCGAUGAGAGGCAUGAGAUGUAAAUUCUUAGAAAUUUUCAUAUGGUGUUACAUUUCCACCUCCGGGGCAUUGAAGUUGAUUACAAUGGCAGUGAGAAUGUGAAAAUGACUAAUCGAUAUUAUUAGUUUAAGCUUAUUAGCAAAAUAACAGAAUCAUCAUCACUAAUUUUACUAUGUAGAUGAUUAUUUUCCAUUCUCUGUUUUUAAUUUAGGAAAGAAUGUAAAAUGUGAUUGUCCUGUGAUUGAAUGUUUUAAUAACUCUAAUAAUGAAUAAUCUGGAUUCAGUAUUUGAUAGCACCUGGAUAAAGUUGUUUGUUCUAAUAAAUCCAAAUGUUUUUUCUUGUAAUAACUUAAAUACAUAAAAACUUUUUUGAAUGAA